GACAUGCGCAGCGAGUCGCACCUGUUCUUCCGGCACUUCCGCUUUUAAAUCUACACGACUCGUCAACAUGGCGGACAUGACAGUGGAGAUGAUGAAUCGCUAUGUCAGUCCCAUUAACCCUGCUGUUUUUCCACACUUAACAGUUGUACUUCUAGGAAUAGGCAUCUUCUUCAUGGCCUGGUUCUUUGUAUAUGAGGUAACCUCUAACAAAUUCACCCGUGACCUUUACAAAGAAUUACUGGUAUCCCUGGUAGCAUCUGUGUUUAUGGGAUUUGGUGUUGUGUUUUUAUUACUGUGGGUUGGCAUUUAUGUUUAGCAGAGAAGAUCAUAGAGGCUUUAGGGGAAACAUUCAAAGAACUUCAACGCAAUUCAUCUAGUUGUCAUUUUACAUAUGUAAUUAUAUAUAUACUUUUUGUUAAUAAAAUGUUUAGUAUCGUAA